UAGCGCUACCACCUUCUCCGCACAUAGAUAUCAACCUCCAUUCUUCAUUCCUACAUCCUCACUCAAUUCCAACUCCUAUAUACCAAAACAAUCUGCCCCAAAAAACCCAAAAUCCCAAAAUGAAAACCUACCGCAUCGGCGUCGACGUCGGCGGCACCAACACCGACGCCGCCAUCAUCGACAUCACAGCCGUCGACACACCAUCCCGCGGUGUCUGCGCAUCGAGUAAAACGCCAACGACACCUGAUGUGACGACGGGUGUUUACACGAUUAUCGAGAAUGUGUUGACGGAGACAGGCAUUGAUCGCGGAGAUGUGUUGAGUGUGGCGGUUGGGACGACGCAUUUUGUGAAUGCGGUUGUGCAGGCUGAUAAGGGAAGGUUGAGUCGGGUUGCUGUUGUUAGGUUGUGUGGGGUGUUUACUAGGCAGGUGCCUCCGUGGACGGAUUUCCCGCCCAGUCUCAAGAGCAUCAUCGGAGGACCUGUAUUUUAUCUCGACGGGGGUAUGUCAAAUCCACCUAUUCAUGAAUUCAACUAACAAGCGAGGUCUCGAAAUUGAUGGCCGCGAAAUCUCAUCCCUAAACCCUGACCAAAUCAAGUCUACAGUCAAAAGCAUCCAAGAAGCCGGCAUCAAACGAGUAGCCGUAGUCGGGGUCUUCUCCCCGAUGGACCACCGCGGUCUUCACGAGGAAGCCUGCAAGAAAU